AUGUCUUCUGAAAUAGAACUUGAUAAAUUUGUAUUUGUUGAAAACUGGAAUACAGAAGCUCUGAUCACUUUUUUGCAAAAACAGAAGUUAAAUGUUGACGAGGAAGUUUUCAAUGUUCUUCGCAAAGCAGAAGUCAACGGACAAAGUUUCCUUAUGAUGACUGAAGACAAGUUUAUUAAAGCUGGAGUAGCGUUAGAAGUGUUUAAGUUAUAUAAAAUCAGUGGUGAUAGUAUCAUUGAUAUACCACAAUUCGAACCAGGAGACAAUUCAUCUUUAUGUUUCUGUGUAGAAGACAUUAAACGAAAAUUAGAAAACAUGGGCUCAGUAAUUGAUAGUAACGAAGCAAUGCGAUAUGAAUACAUAUCAACAAUUUUGCAUGCGUCAGUUACCAUACUCAAAAGUAUUAUUAAGGAUCGUAUCAGAGUUUUGCCCCAGUUUGAAGUAUCUGGCAUUAAUGAUCGUGUGGAUUAUGUAAUUAAGAAAAUCAUGGACCAGUCGGCCGAAGAAAUUCUAUGUAUUACUGAAGGAAAACCUUAUCAACUAAAAUUGGGGGUAUUGCAGAACAUUGUGCAAUGCAAGUCUUCCCAAAAAGUUUACCGUAUUCCUCUUGACGAAACUUCUCUUAAUGAUGAUACUGAAUUAAGACGCAGUGUUAAGGAAAUUUUAGAAAUAAUUAUUGGCAUCUUGGAGGAUCGAGCAAAUGUUGACAUUUCACCAGUAAAAAAGAAACAAAGGAUCGAUGAAUAUUUCAAAAAAGAGG